CUCAACGAUAAAAUACCAGAGGAAGAAUUCUGUCGCGGUAAAAUUGCGUCACACACCUGACGACAACAAAAACAUGGAGGAAUAUGCCCGUGAACCUUGUCCCUGGAGGAUAGUAGAUGACUGUGGGGGGGCCUUCACGAUGGGCGCCAUCGGUGGUGGUGUUUUCCAGUCUGUCAAAGGGUUCAGGAAUGCUCCAGCGGGUGUUCGCCAUAGACUGAGAGGGAGUGCAAAUGCUGUCAGAGUGAGAGCCCCCCAGAUUGGAGGUAGCUUUGCUAUGUGGGGUGGUCUGUUCUCCACCAUAGACUGUAGCCUGGCACAUGUGCGUGGGAAAGAGGACCCCUGGAACUCCAUCACCAGCGGCGCUAUGACUGGGGCCAUUCUGGCUGCUCGCAGUGGUCCCCUGGCCAUGGUUGGCUCAGCAAUGAUGGGAGGCAUCCUACUGGCCCUUAUUGAAGGAUUCGGCAUCCUGCUCACCAGAUACACAGCACAGCAGUUUCAGAACCCGAAUCCUUUAAUGGAUGACCCAAGCCAGCUUCCACCAAAAGAUGGGGGUCAAGAACAAGAUGGUCGUGGUUAUGGACAGUAUCACUGAAGCCGGUUGGAAGCUGUUGUGUUGGCUGACUACUGGCCGAGAGAGAGAGUUAAGAAAGGGGGUUGUUAGACUCGUAGAUCUUCCACUCGAUUGGCAAUGCCAUCCCUGAGAGCUUUGGAGGAACUUACAUCAUGCUCUCCUUCAAUCUGGACUAGUUUUCAAUGUAGUUCUUAUCACUCAGGGGCAAAUUGCAAAUGCUUGUUAAUAGCGUUGGUUCUGGCCAAGAUGGUGGGCUUUCAGGUGAUAUCUGCACUUUUAUGCUCGGACUCUUAAUACCCAAUACCAAAAAUUUGAUCUGUAUUGUAUUUCCUCAACCCUUAAAAUUCUUCAUUCUAAAGUAACGUUGAGGUGUGAUUAAGCACACACCCCCUUCAGGCCAGGGCAACUUCACACGUUUACACUCUGCGUGGAAAGCGUAAGUGUACUGUGAGGUUGAAGAUGUUGUUAGUAACUUUUAGAUGAAAUCUGUUUAGUCAAAAGCCACUUCCUAGUAUGUGUUUGAAAAAUCCCAUGUACUGUAUCUAAUGGCUUUGACAUAUAACAAGGGGAAUCCCAUACAUGACCUCUUUUCUGCAUACUGAUAGAGGGACGUAUGCAUUGUAUGACCAUGGUUUACCGGAACUAUCCUGUGAUCUCACAGUGUUAGCCAGCCAGCUCAUAAACAAUGGUGCCUCUUCAGUAUUGCAUUGUCAAUGUUUCUGUUUAAAUAGCAUAUUGACAUAUCAACAAUCCUUUGAGUCAGACCAAAGUUAUAUUUACAGCUUAGACACCAUAUUUGCAUUACCGUGCAGCCAUUCACUGUGUAAGGUUGAGAACUCCUUUUUAGUGUGGUUGUUGGGUAAUCUUUGGAUAUUUCUUUCCCUUUUCAGUGUUGGGUAAACUCGAUUGGGACUGUAUUACAUCCUUUGAAUAUUUUCUUAAAAGACAACAAUUGCUUUAUGGCCAGUUCACAAUGUCUUGUCUGCAAUACACAUUGUUUGUGAUCAUUAUCUGUGUUUGGCAAUUCACCCCACUACUUCUGUGUCACACCACCUCUGAUUUGUUUCCCGAAACAUUGCUCUCAAAUCUACUUAUUAGUUUUCUCUUACCACAAAUCUGAAUUAGGCUUAUUUUGCACAGUGAGACAGUUAGUUUCCCGAAAAAGCACUUUUCCUGUUCUCCAUGACUCAUCGAUGUUGCUCAUAUUGACCAAAUCUGAUUAGUUAUGGGAGAAAGGAACAUUAAUUACAUUGUAUUUAUGAGGAUACAUGAAUAGUUUUACUGAUUAUUUAUUGAAGGAAAAUUUAAAUGAGAAUAUGUUUGUAAUGAGUCAAUAAAGUAUUUUAUUGUUGA